CAACCUCGAAGAGGCUCACAUGGUUCCGCUGCACAAUGCACAUCGGUUCUGUUCUGUAAAUCAAUCUGCUUUGUGAGAUUAACGCUUGUGUGGCAGUGCCGUAAACGUUCGGUGUCUCGGUGGUUCUGUUUGAUAAGAAAAGGUGCAAGCGGUUCGGGUGCUCGUGUGUGUGCGUGUCGUUUGCCUGCGUGGGCUCUGUGGAGACGGAAGGAUCGCCAAGAUGUCGAAGAGAGGCAAGAAGACUGAUGACGCAACUGCAGAUGUGGAGCAGGACAACGGUGCAGCCCCAGAGGCCAAGAAAGCCAAGAAGGGGAAGGAGCCGGAGGCCCCCGUGCUGUACGAGGACCCUCCCGAUCAGCUGACCAGCAAGGACGGCCGCGCCGCCAACACCAAGAUCAGCUCCUGGAACGUGGACGGCCUGCGGGCCUGGGUCAAGAAGAAGGGGCUGGACUGGGUGCGUGAGGAGGCCCCAGACGUGAUCUGCCUGCAGGAGACGAAGUGCGCGGAGAAGUCCCUCCCCAACGACAUCACCUCCAUGCCCGAGUUCCCCCACAAGUACUGGGCCGGCUCCCAGGAGAAGGAGGGCUACAGCGGCGUGGCGAUGCUCUGCAAGACGGAGCCCCUGUCCGUCACCUACGGCAUCGGCAAAGAGGAGCACGACAAAGAGGGCCGCGUGAUCACCGCCGAGUUCCCCGACUUCUUCCUGGUCACGGCCUACGUGCCCAACGCCAGCAAGGGCCUGGUGCGCCUGGACUACCGCAAGACCUGGGACGUGGACUUCCGCGAGUACCUCAGCGGCCUGGACGAGCGCAAGCCGCUGGUGCUCUGCGGCGACCUGAACGUGGCCCACCAGGAGAUCGACCUGAAGAACCCCAAGGGCAACCGCAAGAACCCGGGCUUCACGGCGGAGGAGCGCGAGGGCUUCACCCAGCUCCUGGGGGCCGGCUUCGUGGACAGCUUCCGGGAGCUGUACCCGGAGCAGGCCAACGCCUACACCUUCUGGACCUACAUGAUGAACGCCCGCUCCAAGAACGUGGGCUGGCGCCUGGACUACUUCGUUCUCUCCAAGGCCCUGCUGCCCAGCCUGUGCGACUGCAAGAUCCGCAACAAAGCCAUGGGCAGCGACCACUGCCCCAUAACCCUCCACCUGGCCAUAUAGCCUCCGGGUGCUCCGUAGGCUGGGCUCCUGUUGGUCCUCUUCCAUGUUUUCCUCAUAACGAGCAUUUCCAGCGACCAAUCAGAAUGGGGGCCUAACCUAACGCAUCCUGUUAUGUAAAACCGGGGUCCCGGUCUCAGCAGCCAGAACAUCUCGUCAGGUUCCCGCCUUCCUUCCGCCUACGGUUCCCUUAACUGUCAGUUAACGCUAAUGCAUCUGGAGUUUUAGUCUCGGAGAGUCUUGUAAACGGACGUGGUUGGUCCUCUUGUCUGGAAUUGCCGUUUUUCGGUCUGAAUUUCCAAAUUAUUUCUGGCCUCUCUGAUUUCAGCACCUAUAAACGGGUACUGGUCUGACCCCCUGAAAAUAUAAACAUACUUAUUUAGGCUUUAAAUGAUACUGGCCACCUCUCAAGGAGAUGUUCGUAUACUGCCAGUCACGCAUCUGUUCCUCAUUCGUCAUCACUGAAGGAAAUUGUGGCAAACGUCAAUGAACGCCAACCUGGUUCGGUCAAACAGAACGGGGUGGAAUGCCUAAUCGUUUUGGAUUUGAAUACUUUUCUAUGCUUUUCUGAGCUUCUCUGUUGUAUUGGAACCAAUUAAAUCCUGCCUUCUGGGCCUCUCCGUUGGCUGAAUUGCACCAUACAUGUUCAAUCGAGUAUUUGAAUCAGUUGCAAAACAAUGUCAUAUUGGACCCAGGUCUGAGGUCAAAUCAGUGCCGAGUGCCUGUGUGGAAGCCGGCUUUUGUGUGUCCUGCCCUUUUCCGUUACCCCCUAACUCAAGUAGCAUUACGUAAUCUGCACAAGGAGGGGAAUUGGUUUCACCUCUGGCAACCCUUCUCUGCCGGUGUGACGCAAGCCCCUUGUAAAACUGGUCAAACUUACAAGUGAUGAUUUUCUUCCUCCGUUUUAUAUGUGACUCAUACACUUAUUCAACAGUCCAGCUUAAAUUUUUUACAAGUGCUUAUCAAGUGCCACCGUGUUUCGUCUUUUAUCGAAAGGAAAAAAGAAUUAGCCCUGGAUGUCCCUGUUAAAAGACAUCUAGUGUUGUGUGAGCAUUUGAAACUACAUGAUGUGAGGUGUGCCAACACCUGGUCUGUGUUAUUUCUCUUUUCCCUCGAGUGACACGGUUUAGUGUCCGAUGGUUAGCAGUUUAUUUUUCAUGCUUAUUUUGUAUAUUACACUUUGUCAUUUUGUGUCUUUAGGUAGAAAUUAAUUUGAGCUACUGUAGGUGUGUUUGGGAACUUAUUUUUGGGUGUUGCUUCAAACAAGCCCCUGUCGAUAUUGUCAUAUUAACGUGGUGUGGCAGGAAGUAAACCGCUGAAAUUAAUAUGAACAUGUUACCUUUCAGGGUGUCCAUUAUUCAACAAUUUCUUUUUCUUGAAAACUGCAUGUAGAAACUUGAUUUUCAAUAAAGUUUGGUUUUUUAAAAA